CGAAGACUUUGAACAGCUAUUAAUUCUCAAAUUAAAACAAGAGGUGUUAUUAUCAGCCGGUAACGGAACAUCGGUCAUCUGGCAGCAUAUACAUUUAGCAAUAUAUUUAUUUACAUUUUUUAUAUAUCAUCGCAGAAUUUGCAGAGAAUUAGCAAUAUCAAAUUGCUAUGUCUGAUUUAAGUGGCAAUGAUGUUGAUUGGAUUCCAUAUAGUGAACGUCCAGAAUGGGAAGAUAUUCAGCCUAUUCCGCAGAAUGAUGGACCUUUUCCUGUAGUGCAGAUAGCUUAUUCUGAAAAGUUUAGAGACAUCUUUGGGUAUUUUCGAGCAGUUCUUAAUCGUCGAGAAAUCAGUGAAAGAGCAUUAAAACUGUCUCAAGAUGCUGCUAGUGUUAAUUCAUCUAAUUAUACUGUCUGGCAUUACAGACGAAUUUUAUUGAAAGAGUUGAAAAAAGAUUUAAAUGAAGAACUGGAAUAUUGUCGGCAGAUCAUUGAAGACAACCCUAAAAAUUAUCAAGUGUGGCAUCAUCGUCAAGUUUUAGUAGAAUGGCUGAAGGAUCCAUCUAAAGAAAAGAAAUUUACUGAACGUAUUUUGUCUGAUGAUCCUAAAAACUACCAUGCCUGGCAACACAGGCAGUGGGUCAUCAGAGAAUUUGACCUGUGGGAUGGUGAGUUAGAAUUUGUCCAGUACCUACUGGAAGAUGAUAUUCGAAAUAAUUCAGCUUGGAAUCAAAGAUACUUUGUUGUCAAAUCCACUAGCGGCAUCACUGAUGAAGUCUUAGAUAGAGAAAUAACAUAUACUCUUGAAAGUAUAUUGAAAGCACCCAAUAAUGAAAGUCCUUGGAAUUAUCUCAGAGGAAUACUUCAAGAUAAAGGAUUUUCCAAAGUGUCUCGUGUAACAGAAUUUACGGAAACUCUGUAUGAAUCUGGUUGCCGAUCACCUCAUUUGUUAGGAUUUAUGAUUGACUGCCGUGAGGAGAAUUUGCUUGCUAAAACAACCAUGGCUGAACUAAUGAAAGCUUUAGAAUUAUGUUCAUCACUGGCUAAAAAGCAUGAUGUGGUCAGGAAAGAAUACUGGAAAUAUAUUGCUAGAAAUUUACAAAAUUUGUAUGCCAAUGAUGCUGCUGCUGCUGAAACAGUUGUUGAUCAAGAGAGAGAAAACAUAUGGGAUUAAUGACAGCACCAAAAGUGAAAUAUUAAUAUAAUCUGCCAAUAUCAUUAAGAUGUGUUGUUUUCCAUUUUGUAUUUAAUGUUUUGUGAUGUUGCAACAUAUUAUUUGUGAAGUUAUUCAUAUCCAUAUAGCACAAAUGUAUAAAAUAAAUACUGUUUGUGAUCCAUUUUUUUUUCCAUUUUUUUUCAAAGAUAUGAAAAUAUUUAGCAAUAAAUUUACUAUAAAUUGUU